CCGCGGAUCGGCGGCACCGGCACCGGCUCCGCUCUGCGCUCCCUCCGCUCCCGAGAGGAAAUCAUGGUUAUGCUGAAGAUUUCAUCUUUCCUUGCUGUUUAUGCCUUGGUUGUGUGCCAGAUGGACAGCUUCCAGGCAGCCCCAGUCAGACCUGGCUUGGAGUCCAUCACGGAUCGAGUGACUCUCAGUGAUUACGAAGCUCGGAGGUUAUUAAAUGCGCUGGUCAAAGAGUUCAUACAGAUGACAGCAGAAGAGCUGGAGCAAGCCUCCGAGGGGAACAGCCUGGAUAGACCCAUUUCCAAACGCUGUGCCAGUCUGAGUACUUGUGUGCUGGGCAAACUGUCUCAAGAGUUGCACAAAUUGCAAACUUACCCUCGCACUGACGUCGGGGCUGGAACUCCUGGCAAGAAACGGAAUGUGCUGAGUGACCUGGACCAUGAACGCUAUGCAAACUAUGGGGAACCCCUAGGAAACAACUAGACAUGCUUAUUUCUCCCCCUCCUCCCCCUUUUUUAACCUGAUGCAUGUGGAUCUAACUCUGAUUGCUAACUUUGCUGUGUUCUUUUGAUUCUGUUUUCGACAGAGAAUGUUUGAGAUGGACCUAAUGUUAGGAAGACCAAGAACGUAACAUGCAUACCAAACUAGGGGAAAAAAAAAUAAAUAAAAAUGAUCAGCACUGCCUUGAUAUUCCAAAUGAUUUUCUUAGACACUGAUUAAAAAAAAAAUCUAAAAAAGGUUCUUAAUUUCUGGCUGCUAAAUGUACAAGUAGAUUCUUUCCUUUGUGCUUGCCCAUGCACUUGUUCAAUAAACCUAUUUUUCUAUAAGGAUUAGAUCUGCUUGGUUUAACAGUUUGUUUUAGAAUGUGAGAUUUCUAGAUGAGGCUAGAAAAAUUUUGCAACUUGUCUUAAUGUUCAAGAGAGGCAAUGCUAGUAACUUCUAGAAAAGUUGAAAGAGAAUUUAGAAGUCAAAGUUCUACAUAUAAAUUGAUAUGUACUGCUAUAAAAGGCAUGCAUGCAAUCCUGUUGGUAGGGACUCUAAGAAGCAAAGAUUCAGGAAAGCUCAUACAUGUUCAUUCUAACAAACUAGAAAUGUAUUCCUGUUAAAGCUGGGUACUGAACAUGUCCAGGUAAGAAUUUUGUGGUCUUUCUCUUUUCUUAUUUUACAAUGGGUUUUUGCACUAUAUUUAAAACUUGUGUACCUUUUAAAAUAUUUGUGUUGAUUUACAACUCACCUACAUUAGGUUAUCUUGCAUUAAGAGCCCAACCCAGACUUCUUUACAGUUCUGUUGCAGCACUGCAUCUAUCUUGUAAUUAGAAGCCUCUUUCAAAUACUUGGCAUUGAUUGUAAAAACAACUCUUCACUCUUAACAUUAAUAAACUGCCUUGUGAUGCUUAGCUGAGAAAAAUCCCUCCUACUGUGAGAAACUCAUUGCUUUAGUAGAAAAUUCUUCAAGCAAGGAUUGUGUGAUUGCAUAUUCCUUGAAGUUCCCCAUCUAGCACAGCUGUUAGCUGUAGGCUGAGUUGUGAGCA